AUGUCGUCAAAAUCACAAGACCAUCGUCGCUCCGGGCUCGCGCGCCCAGACCUCUUGCCCGAGGACAACGAAUAUAUUGCCAUGGCCUGUCUCACGGAAAAGAAUGCUGCCGACCAGAAGCAUCUCAGCAGCCUGAGAAGCAUCCAGAGGACCGCACAGAGUUUUGUCCGCGACGGCGCCAACGCCACCGCCGACCUGCUGCUCGACAUCGAGGAGCUCAGACGCGUGAUUGAAACGAGGUCACGCCUUCACGACGAGGCUGCUGCUGAUCUGGCCGACGCCAUAGCCGAGUGUGGCCAGCGCCAGGAGUUGUCUGGGGGCCGGGAUCUCUCUGCUCUGCUGCGGUCGUACGAUUUCCUGGUGCAGAGGACGAUCCGGCGUGCGGAUGAGUUGCUCAAGGAACUGGAAACGAGGGUGCAGGCCCUUCAAAGCUCUUAUCACCCGGCGGGAAGGCACGCUCAGCUGUUGGUGAAAAUCAAGGAUGCGGUGGUUGAUGUCGAGAUAUCUUCAACCAGAACGUCCAAGGCUGAGCUUCGGAGGUUCACCAUAAAUGGUCGAUAUCGUGAGACUAUCAAUGUUUCCACUUCCUCCACAUUCACCAUUGUCAACAGCUCAACACGCUACCCUAAUGCAUCACCACUUCAGCAACAUCCUGGUACACAGUUACUGAAGAUACCCCUCAAGAUGUGCAAAUGCUUCUUUGUCGAAUUCGUCUGUAACUGCAUCCAGGCAGAUUGUCCCCACCACAAUCCUCUGCACCACUCUUUCCACAAAAUGGAAGCAAUCUGGCAGGUCGACCACUUCAAAUGGAAGUACUGCGCGUCCUUCCUCACAGCCUCAGGCAUCCCUAUUCCCAACGGCAGUACAAUGUUUUCCGAGUUCGACGUCUUGAGCGUCGAUAAACAGCCGAGGCUGACGAGGAAGCCGAGCACGCUGAAGAGACUAUUUCCCUUUAGGAGCGACAAAGGUUUGUCUGACUCUAGCCAACGCGCCUCGACGACCGACCGCGACCACAAUACUCCUCCUGCUAUCCGCUCCAGCACCGGUCAUGCGAUGAGACAGAGCCUGGAUGUGUUGGAGCAGAGCCGGCACAGGGGCAGUCAAGGACGUCAGUACCUUCCCCUGAGACCCAGCGAGGACCAGCGUCAUGGGGCCACUAUCCCGGUCUGCGAGGCCAUCUCAUAUGAGGGCUGGAGGAUCCGGCGGAGUUGUCGUUGGUGCGAGGAUUACUGGCUGGGCCGUCGGGGAGUUGUGUGA